CAUUCAGCCCACAGGCUGCAUAAAAAAAAGAACGUAGCAUAUUCACCCAACAAGGACCAGCGACCUUCUGGUAAAUCACUGGAUUUGAGUGGUUAUACCAGGAUGAUGCCUGCAGCUGAUUUCUUUUACAAGCAGCGGGAGAAGAUGCCCCCCUCCCCUGCUGCCUUCCACGGCCUUCUCAGGCAGUGCCAUCGGGGGGAACCUGAGAAUGCAGCCAAUCUUUCUGCCAGCUGACCAUGGAGCUGACUGGAGACUGAAAUGGUGCCAAUCAUCUCUAUAGUCUAAGAAAUUGGAAGCUACGAACAU